AUGGCAGAAGAUAAAAAAGCCAAGCCGGCAAAAAAAAAUGAACAUGAUCUUGAUGAUCUUAAACGUGAACUGGAAAUCGAUGAUCAUAAAGUAUCGGCUGAAGAACUCUAUCGACGAUAUGACAGUGAUCCGGACAGAGGUUUAACAGUAGCAAAAGCAGCUGAAGUAUUUGCACGCGACGGUCCUAAUGCAUUAUCACCACCGAAAACAAUCCCCGAGUGGGUUAAAUUUUGUCGCCAAAUGUUUGGUGGCUUUGCUAUGCUAUUAUGGCUUGGUGCAAUCUUAUGUUUUGUUGCACAUGGUAUUAGUGUUGCAACAUAUGAAGAAGCACCGAAUGACAAUCUUUGGCUUGGUGUUGCUCUAACAGUUGUCGUAUUUAUUACGGGUUGCUUUUCAUAUUUUCAAGAAGCCAAAAGUUCAAGAAUUAUGGAAUCCUUCAAAAAUAUGGUACCACCUCAAGCAUUAGCAAUUCGUGGCGGUGAAAAAAAAAAUCUAAAAGCUGAAGAAUUAGUUGUAGGUGAUAUUGUUGAGGUUAAAUUUGGAGAUCGUGUACCAGCUGACAUUCGUGUUUUGCGAGCACACGGCUUCAAAGUUGAUAAUUCAUCAUUAACUGGUGAAUCUGAACCUCAAUCACGUGCACCCGAAUUUACAAAUGAAAAUCCACUUGAAACAAAAAAUUUAGCAUUCUUCAGUACAUUUGCUGUUGAAGGUACAUGUCUUGGAAUAGUUGUAAGAACUGGUGACCGAACUGUUAUGGGACGUAUUGCUAAUUUAGCUUCAAGUUUGGAAACGGGUGAAACACCAAUCGCACGUGAAAUAGCACAUUUUAUUCAUAUAAUCACUGGUGUAGCUGUUUUUCUUGGUGUCUCAUUUUUCGUUAUUGCUUUUGUUCUUGGUUAUCCAUGGCUUGAAGCAGUCAUCUUUUUAAUUGGUAUUAUUGUAGCUAAUGUACCUGAAGGUCUUCUUGCAACUGUAACUGUAUGUCUUACAUUAACGGCUAAGCGUAUGGCGAAGAAAAACUGUCUUGUUAAAAAUUUGGAAGCUGUCGAAACACUCGGUUCAACAUCAACUAUUUGUUCCGAUAAAACCGGUACAUUAACACAAAAUCGAAUGACAGUAGCUCAUAUGUGGUUUGACAAUCGAAUUGUUGAAGCUGAUACAACCGAUAAUCAACAGAAUGCAACAUACGAUAAAACUGCACCAGGAUGGCUCGCUCUUAGUCGUUGCUCAAUGUUAUGUAAUCGAGCUGAUUUUAAACAAGAUCAAGAGAAUUUAAGACGACCUGUCUUACAACGAGAAUGUAACGGUGACGCAUCCGAAUCUGCUUUACUUAAAUGUGUUGAAUUAUCAAUUGGUAAUGUUAUUAGAUUUCGUGAACAAAAUCGAAAAAUAAGUGAAAUACCAUUUAAUUCAACAAAUAAAUAUCAAGUUUCGAUUCAUGAAACACAAGAUGGUGAUGAUCGAUAUUUAUUAGUUAUGAAAGGUGCACCUGAACGUAUAUUAGAAAGAUGCACAUCAAUUUAUAUUGACGGAACUGAUAUCGAAUUAAAUGACUAUUGGAAAACAGCUUUCAAUCGUUCCUAUCUUGAAUUGGGUGGUCUUGGUGAGCGUGUAUUAGGUUUUUGUGAUUUACGUUUACCAGUCAAUGAAUAUCCACGUGGUUAUCAAUUUGAUUCGGAUGAAGUUAAUUUUCCUGUAACAAACUUACGAUUUCUUGGUCUGAUGUCUAUGAUUGAUCCUCCACGUGCUGCUGUACCCGAAGCUGUUGCUAAAUGUCGUUCAGCUGGUAUUAAAGUAAUCAUGGUUACUGGUGAUCAUCCAAUUACAGCUAAAGCUAUUGCUAAAGCUGUCGGUAUUAUUUCUGAAGGACAAGAAACUGUUGAAGAUAUUGCACAACGCUUAAGUAUUCCCGUUGAACAAGUUGAUCCAACUCAUGCUAAAGCAUGCGUUGUACAUGGAAAUGAUUUAAAGAGCAUGUCACCAAGUGAAAUCGAUGCACUCCUACGUGACCAUCCCGAAAUUGUCUUUGCUCGUACAUCACCACAACAAAAAUUAAUUAUUGUCGAAGGUUGUCAACGUCAAGGUGCCAUUGUUGCUGUUACCGGUGAUGGUGUUAAUGAUUCUCCAGCUUUAAAAAAAGCAGACAUUGGUGUUGCUAUGGGUAUUGCUGGUUCGGAUGUUAGUAAACAAGCAGCAGAUAUGAUUUUACUUGAUGAUAAUUUCGCAUCUAUUGUUACCGGUGUUGAAGAAGGCCGUUUAAUAUUUGAUAAUUUAAAAAAAUCGAUUGCAUAUACAUUGACAUCAAAUAUACCAGAAAUUACACCGUUCUUAAUGUAUCUUAUUAUGGAUAUUCCAUUACCACUCGGUACAAUUACAAUCUUAUGUAUCGAUUUGGGUACUGACAUGGUACCGGCUAUUUCAUUAGCUUAUGAAAAAGCCGAAACCGAUAUUAUGAAACGACGACCACGCGAUCCAAAACAUGAUCGUCUUGUCAACGAACGUUUAAUUUCAAUGGCCUAUGGUCAAAUUGGUAUGAUUCAAGCAUCAGCUGGAUUUUUUGUUUAUCUAGUUAUUAUGGCUGAAAAUGGAUUUUGGCCAAGUCGUUUACUUGGUUUACGUAAAUCAUGGGAAUCAAAAGGAAUUAAUGAUCUUGAAGACUCAUAUGGUCAAGAAUGGACAUACAAUCAACGUAAAACACUUGAAUAUACAUGUCACACUGCUUUCUUUGUUUCAAUUGUCAUUGUGCAAUGGGCUGAUUUAAUCAUUUGUAAAACACGAAGAAAUUCAUUGGCACAUCAAGGCAUGACCAACUGGAUGCUUAACUUUGGUCUAGUUUUUGAGACUGUUCUGGCUGCUGCUCUUUGCUAUACACCUUACCUUGACAAAGGUCUUAAUAUGUAUCCACUUAAAUUUCUAUGGUGGUUACCAGCUAUGCCAUUUUCAUUAGCAAUCUUCAUCUAUGAUGAAGUACGCAAAUUUAUAAUACGUCGAAAUCCAGGUGGCUGGGUUGAACAAGAAACGUAUUAUUAA